CAGCCGCAAAACACCGCCGAACAGAUUGGUGGGUUUUGCAUGGUAUUUUUUCUGGUGAAAUUUUCACAAUUAUUUUUUUACAAAAAAAAAGAGAUUAAAUAGAAAAAGAAUUGAAUAAUAUAAAAACGAAAAGGAUUACGAAGAUAAAUUCUUCAAGAUGAUGUACGAUAAUGAUGACCAAUUGUACGAGGAGGAGAAUGCUGAGGAGAUUUCUCACGAAUUGUGGCAGGAGGCCUGUUGGAUUGUGAUUAACGCCUACUUUGAUGAGAAAGGUCUUGUGCGACAACAAUUGGACAGUUUCGAUGAGUUUAUUCAGAUGUCUGUACAGCGUAUAGUGGAAGACUCGCCGGCUAUUGAUUUGCAAGCAGAGGCCCAGCAUACCUCAGGUGAAAUUGAGACCCCGCCACGUUUUCUUUUGAAAUUUGAACAAAUUUAUCUCUCCAAACCCACACAUUGGGAAAAGGAUGGCUCGCCUAGUCCUAUGAUGCCCAACGAAGCCCGUUUAAGAAAUUUAACUUAUUCCGCCCCAUUGUAUGUGGACAUUACAAAAUCGAAAAUUGUUGAAGGCCAAGCUCCCGUGGAGACACAACAUCAAAAGACUUUCAUUGGCAAAAUUCCCAUUAUGUUGCGCUCAACCUAUUGCUUGCUUUCUCAGUUAACUGAUCGUGAUUUAACAGAAUUGAAUGAAUGCCCUUUGGAUCCUGGUGGCUAUUUCAUCAUUAACGGUUCUGAAAAGGUGUUAAUUGCUCAGGAGAAAAUGGCCACAAAUACCGUGUAUGUCUUCAGCAUGAAGGAUGGCAAAUAUGCCUACAAGGCUGAAAUUCGUUCUUGUCUGGAGCACAGUUCACGUCCCACUUCUACACUCUGGGUUAAUAUGAUGGCUCGAGGUUCGCAGAAUAUCAAAAAAUCGGCUAUUGGUCAACGUAUUAUUGCCAUUUUGCCAUAUAUCAAACAGGAAAUUCCUAUAAUGAUAGUAUUCCGUGCUUUGGGUUUUGUGGCAGAUCGUGAUAUUCUGGAGCACAUUAUUUAUGAUUUUGAUGAUCCCGAAAUGAUGGAAAUGGUUAAACCCUCUUUGGAUGAAGCUUUUGUGGUACAGGAACAAAAUGUCGCCUUGAAUUUCAUUGGUACAAGAGGUGCUCGGCCUGGUGUGACCAAAGACAAGCGUAUUAAAUACGCUAAGGAAAUUUUGCAGAAAGAAAUGUUGCCUCAUGUGGGUGUUUCAGACUUUUGUGAGACAAAGAAGGCCUAUUUCUUGGGUUAUAUGGUACAUCGUCUACUAUUGGCUUCUCUGGGUCGCCGAGAAUUGGAUGAUCGGGAUCACUACGGUAACAAACGUUUGGAUUUGGCUGGUCCCUUGAUGGCUUUCUUGUUUAGAGGUUUGUUCAAAAAUCUCUUGAAAGAGGUUCGCAUGUACACUCAGAAAUUCAUUGAUCGCGGCAAAGAUUUCAAUUUGGAAUUGGCCAUUAAGACAAAUAUCAUCACUGAUGGUCUACGUUAUUCCUUGGCCACUGGCAAUUGGGGUGAUCAGAAAAAGGCCCAUCAGGCUCGUGCUGGUGUGUCUCAGGUAUUGAAUCGUUUAACUUUCGCCUCCACAUUGUCACAUUUGCGUCGUGUCAACUCGCCCAUUGGUCGUGACGGUAAAUUGGCCAAACCUCGUCAAUUGCACAAUACUUUGUGGGGUAUGUUAUGUCCUGCCGAAACCCCAGAGGGAGCUGCUGUCGGCCUUGUAAAGAAUCUGGCUCUUAUGGCCUAUAUCUCUGUCGGUUCACAACCCUCACCUAUAUUGGAGUUCUUGGAAGAAUGGUCUAUGGAAAAUUUGGAAGAAAUUGCCCCAUCUGCCAUUGCAGAUGCCACCAAGAUAUUUGUCAAUGGCUGUUGGGUGGGCAUACAUCGCGAUCCCGAACAAUUGAUGGCUACUUUGAGAAAAUUGAGAAGACAGAUGGAUAUCAUUGUCUCGGAGGUGUCUAUGAUUCGAGAUAUUCGUGAUCGUGAAAUUCGUAUAUACACUGAUGCUGGACGCAUUUGUCGCCCUCUGCUUAUCGUAGAGAAUGGCUCCUUGCUACUUAAGAAAACUCAUGUUGAAAUGUUAAAGGAACGUGACUACAAUAACUACAGUUGGCAAGUGUUGGUGGCUUCUGGUGUAGUGGAAUAUAUUGAUACCUUGGAGGAGGAAACUGUUAUGAUUGCCAUGUCGCCCUAUGAUUUGAAGCACGACAAGGAUUAUGCCUAUUGUACCACAUAUACGCAUUGUGAAAUUCACCCAGCCAUGAUAUUGGGUGUUUGUGCCUCCAUUAUUCCCUUCCCUGAUCACAACCAGUCGCCCCGUAAUACCUAUCAAAGUGCUAUGGGUAAGCAAGCUAUGGGUGUUUAUAUCACCAAUUUCCACGUACGGAUGGACACUUUGGCUCACGUUUUAUACUAUCCCAUGAAACCCUUGGUCACCACACGUUCCAUGGAAUACUUGCGUUUCAGAGAAUUGCCUGCCGGCAUUAACUCCAUUGUAGCCAUUCUCUGCUAUACCGGUUACAACCAGGAAGAUUCUGUCAUUUUGAAUGCUUCAGCUGUCGAAAGGGGUUAUUUCCGUUCUGUGUUCUACCGUUCUUAUAAGGAUUCAGAAAACAAACGCAUUGGUGACCAAGAAGAGAACUUUGAGAAACCCAAUCGCCAAACCUGCCAGGGUAUGCGUAAUGCUCACUACGACAAAUUGGAUGAUGAUGGUAUUAUUGCUCCCGGCAUUCGUGUAUCCGGCGACGAUGUGGUUAUUGGAAAAACCAUGACUUUACCCGAAAAUGAUGAUGAACUUGAUAGCACCACGAAACGCUUUACCAAAAGAGAUGCUUCCACCUUCCUGCGUAAUUCUGAAACUGGUAUUGUGGAUCAAGUCAUGUUGACCUUGAACAGUGAGGGCUACAAGUUUUGUAAGAUUCGUGUGAGAUCUGUUCGUAUUCCCCAAAUUGGUGAUAAGUUUGCUUCACGUCACGGUCAAAAGGGUACUUGCGGUAUUCAAUACCGUCAAGAGGACAUGGCAUUUACCUGUGAAGGUUUGGCUCCCGAUAUUAUCAUUAACCCCCACGCUAUUCCAUCUCGUAUGACAAUUGGCCAUUUAAUUGAAUGCCUCCAGGGCAAACUGGGUUCCAACAAGGGAGAAAUUGGUGAUGCUACACCCUUCAAUGAUGCUGUUAACGUACAGAAAAUUUCAACUUUCCUGCAAGAGUAUGGCUAUCAUUUGCGUGGCAAUGAGGUCAUGUACAAUGGACACACUGGACGUAAAAUUAAUGCUCAAGUUUUCUUAGGUCCCACUUAUUACCAACGUCUUAAGCACAUGGUGGACGACAAAAUUCACUCCAGAGCAAGAGGACCAGUGCAAAUUCUUGUAAGACAACCUAUGGAGGGCAGAGCUCGUGAUGGUGGUUUGCGUUUCGGUGAGAUGGAACGUGAUUGUCAAAUAUCCCAUGGUGCAGCACAAUUUCUGAGAGAACGUCUGUUUGAGGUCUCAGAUCCCUAUCGUAUACAUGUUUGUAAUUUCUGUGGCCUAAUUGCCAUAGCCAAUUUGCGCAACAACACCUUUGAAUGUAAGGGCUGUAAGAAUAAGACACAAAUAUCCCAAAUUCGUUUGCCGUAUGCUGCUAAACUCUUGUUCCAAGAACUGAUGUCUAUGAAUAUUGCGCCACGUUUAAUGGUUGUCUAAAGCAGAGGGGGAUAACGAAUGCUCUAAGAGGAGAGAAGGAUAAAAUGGAAGUGGCAUUGUUCGCUUCAUCAAUGUAGAAGUAGUAAUGAUAAUGAUUUUGUAUUUUAUAAUUUAUGACAAAUGUCCUAAUAAAAAAAUGAUAUCCAAUAUUUAUUUUGGAAAUGGAUGCAUGGUCUAUACCUAAA